CUUCCCACCUGGUUCGAGCACGUCAGCAUGCUGGUCAUCCUCUUGAACUGCGUCACCCUCGGGAUGUUCCAGCCAUGUCAGGACAUCAAGUGCCAAACAGAAAGGUGCACAAUCUUGGAGGCAUUUGAUCACUUCAUCUUCGUCUUCUUUGCUGUGGAGAUGGUUAUCAAGAUGGUCGCCCUGGGGAUCUUUGGCCACAAAUGUUACCUAGGAGACACCUGGAACCGCCUCGACUUCUUCAUUGUCAUUGCUGGCAUGAUGGAAUAUUCUCUGGAUGGACAUAAUGUCAGCCUUUCAGCCAUCCGGACUGUGCGGGUUCUCAGGCCGUUACGAGCCAUUAACAGGGUGCCAAGUAUGCGCAUUCUUGUCACCCUGCUCCUAGACACUCUGCCUAUGUUAGGCAACGUUCUCCUCUUGUGUUUCUUUGUCUUUUUCAUCUUCGGCAUCGUGGGUGUCCAGCUCUGGGCCGGGCUGCUGAGGAACAGGUGUUUCCUAGAUUCCCACAUUCAAAGGACACACAACCUGACUUUCCUGCAUAAAUACUACAGGCCGGAAGAGGGGGAGGAGAACCCGUUCAUCUGUUCCUCCCUCCGGGAUAACGGCAUGCAGAAGUGCUCCAGCAUCCCAAACCGGAGGGAGUACAAGAUGGACUGUACUUUAACCAUGGACGCUUACAAUCCGCAUUUGGACUCGCUGGACUUGGGCAGUCGCAACGCCUGCAUAAACUGGAACCAAUAUUACAAUGCUUGCAGGACGGGGGACUUAAACCCGCACAAUGGAGCUAUUAAUUUUGAUAAUAUUGGCUAUGCUUGGAUAGCUAUUUUUCAGGUUAUAACCCUGGAAGGAUGGGUUGACAUCAUGUAUUAUGUUAUGGACGCACACUCUUUUUACAAUUUUAUAUAUUUUAUACUACUUAUAAUAGUUGGUUCUUUCUUCAUGAUUAACCUGUGCCUGGUUGUGAUAGCAACACAGUUUUCUGAAACCAAACAGCGGGAGAACCAGCUGAUGCAAGAGCAGCGAGCCCGCUACCUCUCUAACGACAGCACAAUCGCCAGCUUCUCCGAGCCGGGAAGCUGCUAUGAAGAGUUCCUCAAAUACAUUUGCCACAUUUUCAGGAAAGUCAAACGGCGGACCUUGCGCCUGUACAACAACUGGCAGAGCAAGCGUCGGAAAAAAGUCAACCCCAACAGUGGUGGAGACAAUGGUCAGGGCCAGCAGAGCGGCAAGCGACGCAUCACGUCCAUCCAUCACUUGAUCCACCACCACCAUCACCACCACCAUCACCACUACCACAUCGGCAACGGGAGCCCCCAAGGGCCAAGGUCUAACCCAGGGAUUUGUGACCUGGAGCUGGACAUCAUAAAGCCUGGAGGCCAACUGAUGCUUCCUCCACCUUCGCCCAGCCACCCAGGUGGUAGAGCUGCAGAUACGGAGUCCAUCCACAGUAUUUACCAUGCCGACUGCCACGUGGAAGGAACCUCAGUGAAAUGCAAGUCUUCCAGCAUUGCUGCAGGUAGCAAAGCUGCCAAUCGUGGCAGCAUGAACUACCCCACCAUCUUGCCUUCUCCGGCAAACAAAGCCAGUGUCCCUCCCUUGACCAAAGGGAAGAAAAACGAGGGCAGUGAGGCGACCUCUCCCAUGCCCAUGGUCAGCAGCCCAGCCCAUCUAAAUGCGGAUUGUUAUGGGAAGCUCCAUCAUCUGGUGGGAGAACGUGGCCUCUGCCGGACCUCCAGCAUUCUGUCUGGCCUGAAUGUGCCGUGUCCCUUGCCUGGGCCUCAAGCCAACACCUUGAGCUGUGAGCUGCAAAACUGCCCAUUCUGUGCCAGCAUCCUUGAGGAUCCUGAGUUUGAGUUCAGCGAGGCAGACAGCUAUGAGUCAGGAGAGGACAACAAUGGGAUCUACGAGUUCACCCAGGAUGUAAAGCAUGGGGACUUCCGGGACCAGAUCCAGCAGCAGAGGAACAAGAAAAAGAAGAAAAGGAAACCAGCCAAGGAGAGGAACAAGCUAACCAAGGUCUGGAAGGCCUUUGGCAACAAGCUAAAACGGAUCGUGGAGAGCAAGUAUUUCAACCGUGGCAUCAUGAUCGCCAUCCUCAUCAACACGCUGAGCAUGGGCAUUGAGUAUCAUGAACAGCCGGAUGAGCUCACCAAUGCCCUGGAGAUCAGUAACAUUGUCUUCACCAGCAUGUUUGCUCUGGAGAUGCUGCUCAAGCUUUUGGCUUUUGGCAUCUGGGGAUACAUCAAGAACCCCUACAACAUUUUUGACGGCAUCAUUGUUGUCAUCAGUGUCUGGGAGAUCAUUGGCCAGGCCGACGGGGGUCUUUCAGUGCUGAGGACCUUCCGUCUCCUCCGGGUCCUCAAGCUGGUGCGGUUCAUGCCGGCUCUCCGCCGGCAGUUGGUGGUUCUCAUGAAGACCAUGGACAACGUGGCCACCUUCUGCAUGCUGCUCAUGCUUUUUAUCUUCAUCUUCAGCAUCCUCGGUAUGCAUCUUUUUGGGUGCAAGUUUGGCUUAAGGACAGAGACAGGAGACACCAUGCCAGACCGAAAGAACUUUGAUUCCCUGCUGUGGGCAAUUGUCACCGUGUUUCAGAUCCUGACCCAGGAAGACUGGAAUGUGGUCCUCUACAACGGAAUGGCCUCCACCUCCUCCUGGGCUGCUCUCUACUUCGUGGCUCUGAUGACCUUUGGCAACUAUGUCCUCUUCAACCUCUUGGUCGCCAUCCUGGUGGAAGGUUUCCAAGCUGAGGGCGAUGCCAACAGAUCUGACACAGACGAAGACAAAACAUCGACCAACUUUGAGGAAGAGUUUGAGAAGCUGAAGGAACUCCGUGCUUCUGAGAUGAAGCUGUAUUCGCUGGCCGUCACGCCCAACGGACACCUGGAGGGCAAGGGCAGCAUGCCCCCGCCCAUCAUCAUGCACACCGCAGCCACCCCCAUGCCCACCCCAAAGGGGUCUCCACACAUGGACUCAGCCUACCCUUUUGGGGACUCCAGGAGGGGCAGCAACGUUUCGGUGGACCCGCUUAACUUUGACCAGAAAUCUUUGUCCAGCCUCCGCAGCUCCCCCUGUGCCAACUGGGGCAGCCGCCGCUCAAGCUGGAACAGCCUGGGCCGGGCCCCCAGCCUCAAGAAGAAGAGCCAGUGUGGCGAGCGGGAGUCCCUGCUCUCGGGGGAGGGCAAAGGCAGCACGGACGAUGAAGCCGAGGAGACCAAGCUCAGCACCCUCAGCCGCCGCCCCCUGCACCACCGGGCAGAGUCCCUGGACUGCCGGGUGCACCCACCGGUAGCCAUGCUGCCCCUCGAGUACCAGGACUGCAACGGCAAGAUGCUGCAGGUGCCCAGCGAGCUCUACCUGCACCUGGACAGCCGCAAAGAGGAUCCCUUCGACUACGAUGAGAACAUGGAAGAUAGCUUCUGCUACAGAAUCCGCAAGAGCUUGGAGCCCUACAAGCCCAAAUGGUGCAAGAAUCAUGAGGACUGGUCCCUCUACUUAUUUUCCCCCCAGAAUCGCCUCCGGGCCAACUGCCAGAAAGUCAUCGCACACAAGAUGUUUGACCAUGUGGUCCUGGUUUUCAUCUUCCUCAACUGCAUCACCAUCGCCUUGGAACGCCCGGACAUCGAUCCCAACAGCACGGAACGGAUAUUCUUGAGUGUCUCCAACUACAUCUUUACGGCCAUUUUUGUUGCUGAGAUGAUGGUUAAGGUUGUGGCUCUCGGCUUCUUCUCCGGGGAACACACCUACCUCCAGAGCAGCUGGAACGUCCUGGAUGGAAUCCUGGUCUUUGUGUCCAUCAUUGACAUCAUCGUUUCCAUGGCAUCAGCAGGCGGAGCCAAGAUUUUAGGGAUCCUACGAGUACUUCGGCUGCUGCGCACCUUAAGACCUUUACGGGUCAUCAGCAGAGCUCCAGGUCUGAAACUCGUAGUUGAGACGCUAAUCUCUUCUCUCCGGCCUAUCGGCAACAUCGUCCUGAUCUGUUGUGCUUUCUUUAUCAUCUUUGGCAUUUUAGGAGUACAGCUCUUUAAGGGCAAGUUCUACCACUGUGAGGGAGCUGAUAUCCGAAACAUCUCCACUAAAUCCGACUGCAGAAAAGCCCACUACAAAUGGAUCCGGCGGAAGUAUAACUUCGACAAUUUGGGACAGGCCCUGAUGUCCUUGUUCGUCCUCUCUUCCAAAGAUGGCUGGGUGAACAUCAUGUAUGAUGGAUUGGACGCCGUGGGGAUUGACCAGCAGCCCAGCCGGAACCAUAACCUCUGGAUGCUUCUCUACUUCAUUUCCUUCCUCCUCAUCGUCAGCUUCUUUGUGCUCAACAUGUUCGUCGGGGUGGUGGUGGAGAACUUCCACAAGUGUCGGCAGCACCAGGAAGCCGAGGAGGCCCGGCGACGCGAGGAGAAACGGCUGCGGCGUCUGGAGAAAAAGCGCAGGAAAGCUCAACGACGGCCGUACUAUGCCGAUUAUUCACCUGCUCGAAAAUACAUCCACUCGCUCUGCACCAGCCAUUACCUGGACCUUUUCAUCACGUUUAUCAUUGGCGUCAACGUCAUCACGAUGUCCAUGGAACACUUCGACCAACCCAAGUCUCUAGAAGAAGCCCUGAAAUAUUGCAACUACUUGUUCACCUUCGUCUUUGUGGUCGAAGCCAUCUUAAAACUGGUGGCCUUUGGCUUCCGGAGGUUCUUCAAGGACAGGUGGAACCAGCUGGAUCUGGCCAUCGUCCUGCUGUCCAUCAUGGGGAUUACUCUGGAGGAGAUCGAAAUGAACGCCGCGCUCCCCAUCAACCCCACCAUUAUCCGCAUCAUGAGGGUGCUCAGGAUUGCUAGAGUGCUGAAGCUGCUGAAAAUGGCCACGGGGAUGCGGGCCUUGCUGGACACGGUGGUUCAAGCCCUUCCCCAGGUGGGGAACCUCGGCCUGCUAUUUAUGCUUCUUUUUUUCAUCUACGCUGCUCUGGGGGUAGAAUUAUUUGGGAAGUUAGACUGCAGCGAGGAAAAUCCUUGUGAAGGCCUAAGUCGGCACGCUACCUUCAACAACUUUGGAAUGGCCUUCCUCACCCUCUUUAGGGUAUCAACAGGGGACAACUGGAAUGGGAUCAUGAAGGACACUCUCCGGGAAUGCCACAAGGAUGAUAAGCACUGCCUCAGCUACCUGCCUCUCAUCUCCCCUGUUUACUUCGUCACCUUCGUCCUCAUCGCCCAGUUUGUCCUGGUCAACGUGGUGGUGGCCGUCCUGAUGAAGCACUUAGAGGAAAGCAACAAGGAGGCGAAGGAAGAUGCCGAGAUGGAUGCCGAAAUUGAGCUGGAGAUGUCCAGAGGGGUCGGCACACCAGAAAGGACCAUGGAUGGGAGACAGACCCCUUCCAAGGGGGGUUCACCCGGCAUUCGGGAGCCCCAGAAUCUUCUGACUCUUCGCAAGAUCUCGGUGGCAAGGAUGCAUUCGCUGCCCAACGACAGCUACAUGUUCCGUCCUGUGAUGCCCGCCAAGCUUCCUUUCCCUCUCCAUGAAGGGGAGCUAGAAGCCUUCUCCUACAAGUCACCUCGAGGGUCCGUCACGUCCAUCCGUUCUCAGCCAGUGGUCACUUCUUCAUCUCUGAGGAUCCCACAGUUGGCCUUCCGCCCCACAACGCCCCCUCCUACCCACAACAUGGGAGCUCCAUGGAAGCUUCUACCCCCUCACCCUGCCCCUCGCACCCCCAGUUUCAACAGACUGCUGUGUAGACAGAUUUCCAUGUUAACUCACACUUCAGAGAGGAGCCCCCAGAGAAGACAGGACCAUGAACCCCAACCGUACCAUUCUUGGAUGCGUGUGGCCUCCUUGCGUGGGAAAUGCUUAUCUUCUUAUCUCUUCGUUUUGCAGGAGGCCGUCCGGAAGGACUCAUUGGAUAGCUCAGCUGUGGAGUCAAAGCACAUCCACACCCACAAGGACACCUUCAGCCAGCACAACAUCUCAAACAGGAGGUCCACCCACGGUAGCCUCCUGGACACCUCCCUCUUCGAGUCCUCCGAUCUGGCAGAUGAAGAGGUCCGCCACAUCAACAGCUCUGCACGGGAUUGGAGGGCACAGCUGGACAGCGGGGACUGCUCCGACUCCUCUUUCGCCUCUCCGGCGCCAUCCCCUGUCCCCUUCAGGAACUGCAGCACAACCAGCUUGACGAUGGGGAAGGGCAAGGAGAAGGACCUGAAGAAGUUCUACAGCGUAGACACCCGGGGGUUCUUGGCCAAGCCGCUGUGGGCGGAUGACCAGCGACGGCACUCCAUUGAGAUCUGCCCCUCGGUCGACCAUGGGGCUCGUGGCUUCGCAGACACCUCUGAAAGGAGGAGGCUGCCUCUCCAGAUCCAGUCGGAGUCCGAGUACCUGCACGGCAUCCGGAGGAAGAAGAAAAUGAGCCCCCCCUGCAUUUCUAUCGACCCUCCCAUGGAGGAAGAAAGCAGCGCCACCACAACGCGCACCAAGGCCUCUGAGAACAGCCUGCUGAGGCGGAGAACGCCCUCCUGCGAAUCCACGGCCUACAGGGACUCCUUGGAGCUGGCUGAGGGUCAGCCUGGAGAACCGGCCUGCAAGGCAGACCGCCGGGCACCCCCAGCCUGCCGAGGGGAGCACUUAACCAUCCCGAGCUUCUCUUACGAACCGACGGACCCCGGUUCCACGGGUGAGCCCUGCAAACGCCUCUCGGAGAGCAGCCAAGCUGUGGACCGCUCUGUGGAUUCCCCCCCAGAGGGUCCGGAGCUGCAGCCAACAGACCCUUUGGAGACUCACGGCAACUCCUCUGAGCCAAACCAAGAAGAACUCGGGGGGGCCAGGAAGUGUCCCCUCCCGCAGCACGGACAGGUUCCAGGGACCCCAACCACCACAGAAGAGGUUGUGGACGAGCCGGUAUAG